CUUUGAGCCAACUUUAUUCUCUACCUCUACGUUCGUACUGUGUCUCACUACUGCGUCGUGCGAACGCAUGACUGCUGCCAUUCCCUCAGGUGCAUCUGCGGCAGUCCUCAAGCCCUCAGAGCCGAUAUCCGAGAAUGCUAUUUCUGUGGAGGGACCCAAUUUCGAUCACCCAAUCUCUUUGCAGCAAUUGUUGGACAGCUAUCAACGCAUUGGCUUCCAGGCGAGCAGUUUGGCUAAAGCGAUAGAGAUUGUGAACAAGAUGCGCAAAUGGCGUUUGUCUGACGAGCCUAUAGCCGAGGACGAUUCAGAGGAGUACCUUUCCCCGGAGGUCAGAGCUCAGACGCGCUGCAACAUCUUCCUCGGCUAUACAUCCAAUCUCAUUUCGUCUGGCUUACGCGAAGUGAUCCUGCACCUUGUGAAACACAAGCACGUCCGAGCGAUCGUGACGACGGCAGGUGGGAUUGAAGAGGAUUUCAUCAAAUGUUUGGGCAAGACUUACUUAGCGGACUUCAACUUGGAUGGUGCCGACCUCAGACAGAAAGGCAUGAACCGCAUUGGGAAUUUAAUUGUACCAAAUGACAACUACUGCAAAUUCGAAGAUUGGAUGAUGCCCAUCCUAGAUACCAUGCUUGCUGAGCAAAAGAAGACUGGUGUAUCUUGGUGCCCAAGCUCAUUCAUCAGAAGGCUGGGCAAAGAGAUCAACAACGAGGAGAGCGUGUACUACUGGGCUUACAAAAAUGAUAUCCCUGUGUUCUGCCCUGCGCUUACUGACGGGUCAUUGGGCGACAUGAUGUACUUUCAUUCAUUCCGUUCCCCUGGUUUGAUUGUGGACAUUGUCCAAGAUAUCCGCGCCCUGAACGAGCUGUCUCGAACAUCAAAAAAGGCAGGAAUGAUCAUCCUAGGAGGAGGUGUUUGCAAGCAUCAAAUAGCAAAUGCCAUGUUGAUCCGUAACGGAGCGGACUAUUCCGUAUAUAUUAACACAGGUCAGGAGUUUGACGGCUCAGACUCAGGUGCCCGGCCAGACGAAGCUGUAUCGUGGGGUAAGAUACGAGCUGGAGCGGAGUCGGUCAAAGUAUUCGCAGAUGCUACACUCGUGUUCCCAAUGCUGGUAGCCGCGACGUUUGCGCAAGACACUCCUUGCAAAGAAAAAAUGGUUGACGAUCAUUCCGACCCAUCAUAACGCGCAACUCAUCAACGUGAGCCACGCUGUUCGAGAGGCGAUGACGCAAAGGAAGAGUAGUAGAAUAGAGUCGCCUACAUCAUUAUUGCGGCGUGCAACUUAGAUGUUUCGCAUAUCACAUGUGCGACAUACUCCACGCAGAA